UCUGACGUCAUACCAGGGUCCUGCAAAACCGCCGUCCCCACGUGAGUUUAUCGGCAUGAUGGCUGCAUGUAAACUAAACUAACUGCUUCCAGUGUUUUGUCGUGUUUUCAUCUACAUUCAUUCGUUUUAUCCGGAUUAAACACCAGUGGGUUUACUAACUACGUCAGGGACCACCAUGGCAACAUUUCGGAAGAAGAUAGAUAACAGGAUCCGUGUCCAGAUAGAUAAUGGCGUUUCCGAGCAACACCGCACCAUGUUCGUGGUGGUCGGGGACCAUGGCAGAGACCAGGUUGUCAUCCUGCACCACAUGCUGUCCAAAGCCGCAGUCAGAGCCAGACCAUCUGUCCUCUGGUGCUAUAAGAAAGAGCUGGGCUUCAGCAGUAACCGAAAGAAGCGCAUGCGUCAGCUCCAGAAGAAGAUCAAGACCGGCACCCUGAACAUUAAGCAAGACGACCCCUUUGAGCUGUUUGUCGCUGCCACGAACAUCCGCUACUGCUACUACAACGAGACACACAAGAUUCUUGGAAACACGUACGGCAUGUGCGUCCUGCAGGACUUUGAGGCUCUCACUCCCAAUCUCCUGGCUCGAACUGUGGAGACUGUGGAAGGCGGAGGGAUCGUGGUGAUUCUUCUCAGGACGGUCAACUCACUCAAGCAGCUGUACACAAUGACUAUGGAUGUUCAUUCUCGCUACAGGACCGAGGCCCAUCAGGACGUGGUGGGAAGGUUCAAUGAGAGGUUCAUCCUAUCUCUGUCGUCCUGUAAGACGUGCGUUGUCAUUGACGACCAGCUCAACGUCCUGCCCAUCUCCAGCCACAUUGCCAACAUCAAGCCUGUUCCUCCCAAGACUCAGGAGGACAGUCUUUCGCCACUGGAACAGGAGCUGAAGGAGUUAAAGGAGUCUCUACAGGACACGCAGCCUGUUGGUGUGCUGGUGGACAGCUGCAAGACCAUGGACCAGGCCAAGGCGGUGCUGAAGUUCAUCGAGGCCAUCUCAGAGAAGACCCUGCGGAGCACUGUGGCUCUGACUGCAGCUAGAGGCAGGGGCAAGUCUGCAGCGCUGGGACUGGCUGUGGCUGGGGCUGUGGCAUUUGGCUACUCCAACAUCUUCAUCACCUCCCCCAGCCCAGACAACCUGCACACUCUGUUUGAAUUCAUCUUCAAAGGCUUCGAUGCCCUUCAAUACCAGGAGCACCUGGACUAUGAGAUCAUCCAGUCUCUGAACCCUGAGUUCAGCAAGGCUGUGGUUCGAGUCAACAUCUUUAAGGAGCAUAGACAGACGAUUCAGUACAUCCACCCAGCUGAUUCAGUUAAGCUGGGUCAGGCUGAGCUGCUGGUGAUAGAUGAGGCUGCAGCCAUCCCCCUUCCUCUGGUCAAGAAGCUGCUCGGACCAUACCUGGUCUUCAUGGCCUCCACCAUCAACGGGUAUGAGGGCACUGGUCGUUCUCUCUCCCUGAAGUUGAUCCAACAGUUGAGGCAGCAGAGUUCAGAGAGCCAGCAGAGUCUGUCAGCAGAGAACAGGAGCACCAACACAGCCAGGCUAAAUGCAGCUCGCUCCCUCCAAGAGGUGUCCCUCCAUGAGUCCAUCCGUUAUGCCAUGGGAGACCCUGUAGAGAAGUGGCUCAACGAGCUGCUGUGUCUGGACUGUCUAAACAUCCCCAGAGUCAUCUCUGGCUGCCCCCUGCCACAGACCUGCGACCUAUACUAUGUGAACAGAGACACACUGUUCUGCUACCACAAGGCAUCUGAGGCCUUCCUACAGAGACUCAUGGCUCUCUAUGUGGCUUCGCACUACAAGAACUCUCCCAACGACCUGCAGAUGUUGUCAGACGCCCCGGCACAUCACCUCUUCUGCCUACUGCCUCCUGUUCCUCCCAAACAGAACUCACUGCCAGAGGUCCUGGCUGUCAUACAGGUGUGUCUGGAAGGAGAGAUCUCUCGUCAGUCCAUCCUCAACAGUCUGUCCAGAGGAAAGAAGGCUUCCGGUGACCUCAUCCCCUGGACCGUGUCAGAGCAGUUCCAAGACCCAGAGUUUGGCAGUCUGUCUGGAGGCAGGGUGGUGCGCAUCGCUGUCAACCCUGACUAUCAGGGGAUGGGUUAUGGCUCCAGAGCAGUGCAACAGUUACAGCUGUACUACGAGGGUCAGUUCCCCUACAUGGAUGAGAACGCGCAGACCGCUAACAGCCAGAUCACCUCUGUCACCAGCGAGGCGGUGAGCCUCCUGGAAGAGGUGUUGCACCCUAGGAAGGACCUCCCUCCUCUGCUUCUGAAGCUGAGUGAGAGGAGGGCCGAGAGACUAGAAUACCUGGGAGUAUCCUAUGGCCUCACACCUCCGCUGCUCAAGUUUUGGAAGAAAGCUGGUUUUGUCCCUGUCUAUUUGCGGCAAACCCCUAAUGACCUGACGGGGGAGCACUCAUUGGUGAUGUUGAAGGAGCUCAACACGGCGGAGGCUCCCGAACAGGGCCAGUGGCUGUCCGCCUUCUGGAAAGAUUUCCGUCGGCGCUUCCUGUCUCUGCUCUCCUACCAGUUCAGCAGCUUCUCUCCCAGUAUGGCCCUCAACAUCCUGCAGAACAAGAGCGCCACCAAGACGGAUGCCAGCUCCGCCCUGAGCAGCUCUGAGCUGUCUGGUCAGUUCAGCCCCUAUGAUCUGAAGCGUCUGGAGAUGUACUCUAGGAACAUGGUGGACUACCACCUCAUCAUGGACCUCAUCCCUGCCGUGGCACGCAUGUUCUUCCUCAAACAGCUGGGAGACGUGACCCUGUCCGCCGCACAGUGUGCUCUGUUGCUAGGUGUGGGGCUGCAGCAUAAAUCAGUGGACCAGCUGGAGAAGGAGAUUGACCUGCCCAGCUCUCAGCUCAUGGGACUGUUCAACCGCCUCAUCAGGAAAGUAGUGCAGUUCUUCAACAGAAUCCAGGAGAAGGCCAUUGAGGCAGAGAUGGUUGUAUCUAAAGACAUCUCCAUGGAGCCCACGGUCAAAACCCUCAAUGAUGAUCUAGAUGAGGCAGCCAAAGAGUUCCAGGAGAAACACAAACAGGACAUGGAGAAGGUCAAGGAGAUGGACCUGCAACAGUACCUGAUCCGAGGAGAUCACGAGGAAUGGGACCAGGUGUUGAAGAAAGCAGGACAGACAGCUGUCGUCAGCAUAAAGAGCGACAAGAAGAGGAAGUAUGAGCAGCCGAGGCCAGACAAAAACGAGGGAGGAGAUACACGACACGGCAAACUGAAGAAGAAGAUGAAGAAGGGAGGAGGCAAGGAGAAGAACAAGUUUGAAAAGAGGCCGUUAUAGUGUAAAUUAUAGUUGUUUUUAUAUUAGCUUAAAGAUUUUUUUCAGAUCCACUUUACUAGUUUGUUUCAUAAAAACACUUCUAUUUCAUUUUUAUAUAAUUUAGUUUGUCUUAUGGACAGAAAGAAGGCUGGGAGACCUUGUCACUGGGGCAGCAAUGCACAAGCUGCUGGGUCAGGUCUUAGGUUGGGUUUAAUGGGAGAUUCAGCGAGAUGCCGUACGUAGAUGCACGACGUAAACCAUGGUAAUGGGUCCAUUUCCGCAACAACCAGGAGCGCUGAAGCGUGAUGCUUCUCCUCUGUAUUGUUCCCGUAGUUACCCGUGCGCAUGCCACAGAUACUCUGUUAGACUGUGAGAGCAGUCUUGCAUCAUGCAUCGUCUGAAUGGGCGCAGUUGAGCAGCCGCUUUUUUUCCCCGUGUUUUGCAUUUCGGGAUAGAAGUCGUCCGACUUGCACCAAAUUGUUGAUUGCAUGAACUUGACAAAAAUCAUGUGUUGAAAGGUCAUGGAGUUUUGACUGCAAGUUUCUGCAGUUUCAUCCUGCAGCCGCCGCCUGCAUUGUGGGAAGUUCUAUUGUCAACCAAUCAUUAGGGUGUUUUUGUUUGACCAAUGACGUGAAUGAAACAAACCAAUUUGCCAAGAGUAGAGAGAUGAAAUAUAUACAUUAUAUUUCCCAGAAUGUUUUAUUUAAGGCUCUCACUAAUUAAUUGUACAAUGUGUGAUAUGGGGGUUCAAAAUGUGUUCAUCUCGACAUUAUAAAGAAAGCCUUUUAUAAACACUGCAAUGUUGAUCAAACCUUGCUGUUGGAAAACCA